AUGAUUGCCAACGUUGAACAACGAGAUGUUCCGGGUAUCGACUGCGCGUACCUUGCGAUGGACACCGAAGAGGGAGUCGAAGUCGUUUGGAACGAGGUUCAAUUUUCUGAGCGUAAAAAUUUCAAAGCUCAAGAAGAGAAAAUCCAACAGGUUUUCGAGAACCUCACGCAAUUGGAACAUCCGAACAUUGUUAAGUUUCAUAGGUAUUGGACCGACACCCACAACGAUAAACCUCGGGUGAUAUUUAUUACAGAAUACAUGUCUUCAGGUUCGCUGAAACAGUUCCUAAAACGCACAAAACGAAACGUCAAAAAGUUACCUUUGUCCGCAUGGAAAAGAUGGUGCACGCAAAUAUUAUCUGCUCUCAGUUAUUUGCAUUCAUGCAGUCCGCCCAUCAUCCAUGGCAAUCUGACUUGCGACACGAUUUUUAUUCAACACAAUGGCCUCGUCAAAAUAGGAUCAGUGGCGCCUGAUGCUAUACAUCACCACGUCAAAACCUGCCGGGAGAGUAUGAAGAACAUGCAUUUCAUAGCUCCGGAAUAUGGAGUUCAAGAUAGUCCUGCCAUGGACUUAUACUCGUUUGGCAUGUGUGCUUUAGAAAUGGCGGCCUUAGAAAUACAAGGAAACGGAGACUCAGGGACACUGGUGACUGAAGACCACAUAAAUAGAACGAUAGACUCAUUGGAUGAUCCUAGGCAAAAAGAUUUUAUACACAAAUGUCUUAAUAAAGAUCCAAACAAUCGCCCAAGCGCGAGAGAAUUGCUCUUCCAUCCUCUUUUAUUCGAAGUUCACUCAUUGAAACUUUUAUCCGCACACGCAUUAGUUAAUAGCACAGCGAACAUAUCCGAAACAAUCACGGACGAAGUGAUCAAUGGUUUAUUCGGACAACAAACGGUGGUUGCCGAAAUUGUACACGCGGACGGGAGGCCACCGCACCAAGCGCGGAUGUGCGACGUUCCCGUGACGGAAAAACUGGAAAAAUUCAUCGAAGACGUUAAAAACGGAAUAUAUCCACUGACUGCAUUUAGCGCUCGCACACCUCCUCCGCCACGACCCAGAGCCAUAAGUCCCGAAAUGGCGGAAAGCGUCAAAUCCGUCACGCCGGAGCCGUUCGACGUGGAAAACCGACGGGUUGUGAACAUGAUGUGCAACGUAAAACCGAAAGAACAGAGUUGUGAGUUGUGGAUGACGAUACUACUCAGAAUGGAUGACAAAAUGAAUCGUCAAUUAACGUGUUUGGUGUCGGAAAACGAUGCAUCUCUCCUUCUGGCUCAGGAACUUGUGCAUUUUGGUUUUAUAAACGACCUCGACCGGGAAAAGCUUUCGACUCUCAUUGAGGACACGUUACAAAGUUAUUUUCAUCAACAACUCGGUCCGUCACUUUUAUUGCCUGCUACGUCUACCAAUCACAGUUGCAUUAAUUCUAGUUAA